AUGAAUCCUGCACCAGCGCCACGAGCCCUCAUAUGUAGAGGCCUCGGGGCCCUGCGGAAUAGUACACGAUGCUACAUCACCGUCGAAAACAUGUCGCCGCAGGCACGGACAGCAGCGCGAGCGGCGCAAGCCUACAAGGCGCAAAAGAGCCAACCGGACGAGGAGUACGACGACAUUGCAGCGCGCGCUCCCCUCAAGAAGCCAUCGACAUCGGGCCUGGGUAUUCCUAGCGCUGUCCCCUCGUCCUCCAAGAAGCCGAAUUCUUCUCCACGAUUGUCCCGCGACCGACCGGACGCCGCCACGACAGAUACUCAGGCCACGGUGGGAGAAGCCGCAGCACUGGCCGAGCAGCGCGAGGCCCACCUUCGACACGUCCGUCUCCGGCGAGUCGAGGCUGAGGAGCAUGCAAGGAGGCAGGCGGCUGGGGAGAAGACAUAUGACCAGCGAUACAGGGAACUGAGCAGGAGGUGGUUGGGCGGCAUGGUCGGGCUGCCGUUUCUGUUGGUGACGAGCUACUAUCUUUUUGACCGACUGUUUCUGGGGGGCGAAGCCAAGCCUAUACCUAAGUAUGGCGACGAUGACUAG